AUGGCUUACAACGAUGAUGCCGUGCUGGCCAAGCUUUCAGCACUGUCCGAGGCCCAAGACAGCAUCGUCACCGUAGCCCAAUGGAUCAUGUUCCACAGGCGCCAUGCAGACCGCACCGUUCAGCUGUGGCUUCAGCGGUUGAAGGAAUGCUCUAGUCACAAACGCCUGAAUCUCAUCUACGUUGCCAACGAAGUCACUCAGCAAUCAAAGGCCCGUCGCAAGGAGGAUUUCCUUGUCGCUUUCUCACCAUCCAUUGCUGAGGCGAUAGCAACGGCUUACAAGGGUGCCCCCCACGAUGUACAGCAAAGGAUCCGGAGAGUUGUCGAUGUCUGGAGAGAACGUAACGUUUUCGAGGAACCCAUCCAGGCCGCCGUCGAGACCCGCAUCGCUGACCUCGACAAAGCUCGUGGCACUUCGAAGGGGGGACUCGGUGUUUCCAUCUUCGGCUCCGCUUCCCUUCCUGCAGAACUGGCGCCUCUCGUCACGCCCCAGCAGAACAUUACAAAGCUACUCCUGAACACCAAGACCGCAGUCAACACCGCCAGCCAGGACUACGAGAAACUGAUGGGUCCAGCUAGUGCGGUGCCUUCCGCCCCCGUCUACGCCGCCCGCCUAAGCGGACUCCUAAAGACUCUCGCCCAGGCCGAGGGAGCUGUGGAGCAGGGUGUGAAGGCUCGCAGGGAGCUUGUCAGCGAACUUCAGAAGAUCUUGGAUACGAACAGGGCCGCAUUGAUAUCUGACGAGGACCAGCUGGAGACGCUUGUGCAGAGGAAGUUGAAGGUCGAGGACAAGAAGAACGAGGUCGAGAGGGCUAUCAUGGCUGGUCUACCUGACGAUGAGCCUUACGUGCCUGGCAACGGACACGAUCAUCACCCAGCUCCUGAACCCGACAGACCCGAAGUUGAGGAACUCACACCGCCGCCGAUGGAGCCUGAGGUCGCCCAAGAGCCCAACCCGACCACCCAGCUUGAUGGUCAACUGCCACCCACCAUCCUUCAGGGAUCUAUAUUUGAUGCGCAACCCGCCGCACCAGGUAUUGAGAUGCUCUCCGACCUAGCCUCGCAGUACAAAUCGGUCCCAACGUCGGCCAAUGGUUCUAAGAAGCGCCGUCUGGAUGACGGCAAUGAUUUUCCAGAUUUAGGAGGCGACAACGGCAUUGAUGCAGACGUGGAAGAGAUGCUUCGCAAAGAUGACGGUGGUUCAUAG